AUGGCAAAUAUGGGCGCGCAAGUAGCUACCCAGGCCAAUGGAACGAAAGCUGUAACCUGCAAUGUUACCGCUAUUGGCAAUGGCACUGCUAGCAGUGCUGUCAUCCAAUAUCCAGAUACUGCUUCCUACUCGUGCAACGACGGUUUUUCCCUUGUGAGCAAUGGCAUGUCAAUUUGCACUAAAGAUGGUAAUCUCGCUUCAGUGCCUUACUGUGAUCCGAUUAAACCUACUGGUGAUACUGGUGAUACUGAUGGUGAUACUGGUGGUACUACUGGUGGUACUACUGGUGGCGAUACUGGUGGUAAUACUGAUGGUGAUACUGGUGGUGAUACUGAUGGUGAUGAGCCUGGGAAAAGUCAGGGAGCUGCAGUUGGCCCUAUUGUAGGGGCCGUGUUAGGAUUAGCCGCUGUACUGGGCGUGGUGCUAGCUGCUGCCGUGUACGUGAGGAGAACCAGGACGACGAGCUUGACAGUUUCUACCCGCAAAGCGGAAGGCUUGCUCUUGAAGCAACAGCCGUCUGUGCCUGCCAGCGAGUACUCGGUCACAGUCUCAUCACCCACUUGCACACUUCAGCGACCGGACACUUAUCUUAAAGGAAGUCCAUCGGACAGACCAAUCUUUAAAGAAGACGCAUACGCGACUCUAGGCAAAGGCCAAGGCGAACAAUCAGAUCGUGGUUUGUGGUACACAGAUGUGAAACCACAUUAUCACAAUACAGUGGAUAAUAGCACUGAGGUUUCGACGUGUGAUAAUUCACUUACUCGUGAUUUGACUCCGUCGAGAGCAGUCUGUGACCUCUAAGCUACAACCCGAUCAUAACACCAUGACAACAUUCCGGAGUACACAUAUUGCCGUCAGAAGAAUACAUGGAGUAUUGUGGACGGACGUGAACGGGCUCUGUCCAAGCCAGGAUUUCCAGCGAACAUUCUACGUGCCAUGGCGCAUCUAUGUUGAAGGCUUUUAAGCUGCCUACAGUCAUCAGCACGC